AUGCAAAAUGAUAUGAUAUAUAGAGACAACCGAAUAAGAACAUUUGAUUCCAAUGUCGAUUCAGACAAAGUUCAGUACAGUUGGAACGAUAUAAUUGAUUUCCCAUUUACAUCAACUACAGGCUUGGUUGAUGCCGGGUUCUAUUUUGCACCGUUAAAAAAUCAACCCAAAAGACUACGAUGUGGUUAUUGUACUCAUGCUGUACAAUUCAACGACGCAUUAGACCUCAAAUCUAUUACAUCGGAACAUCUUAAAACGAGCUUUAAAUGCCCCAAAUCUUCAAUGAUCGAAGCUUUCUAUUCAUGCAAUGACCCUAAUUCAGAAGAUUCCACCAGAUUCAAUUGGAGUAAGCAUUCCAUAUACAAGAACCCAUUCAGCAAAACGGCAAUCGAAUUUCGACGAGAGUUUUUCAAAAAUUUCCCAUUGGACAAGAUAUCAUACAAGGCCAAUUCAGAUACCUUAUCACAAGCGGGGUUUGUAUACGACCCAUUCGAUCGUGAGAGUGAUCGAGUUAUGUGUAUGUAUUGCCAUUGCGCGUUGGAUUAUUGGGAGGAAGACGAUGAUCCCAUGGAAGAACAUAUCAAAAACAGUUCACGAUAUUGCUACUUCUUGGAUAUGUUUGAACAGCGCAAUCGAAAAAAAUAUGAGUUGAAAGAGAAAAGUGGAGAUUUCGAAGUGGCAAUAGAUUCGAUGAGAUUGAAUAAAGAGAAUCAACUGGAAACACAUUCCUUAUUUGUUGAUGCAGAUGAUAAAUCAAGUGAGGAAUUGAAUUUGAGCUUACAUCUGGAAACUGAACAAGGUUCAAGUUCUUCACACGAUUUGGCGAUGAUGGAAAAGAGAAAAGAUCAAUAUAGUUUGUCACAUCAGAAAUCACUGAUGCCGAAAUCAGAACUUAAAUUAAAAUCAAAGUCGCUGCAAGUGAUAACACCAGAUGUGAUUGAAGUACAGAGUACAGUUGCAAAGCCAUUGGGCUCAAGGAAUGUCACGUCACAGUUUCAAAAUUCAAGGUCAGAUAGUGAUUCAGAUUCAGAUUCAGAUUCAGAUUCGGAUUUUUCUCAGGAGUUGCCAAAAUUAAAGCGCAAAUUGGAACCGCCGAAUUACAGAACUAAACUGCUCAAAAGUGAUGCCACUUUCUUUAAUCAACAGAACAAACGUGCCAAACUUUCCAAUUUGGAAAGCGCAUCAAGUUUGCCAAGGACUUUACCUAGAACCAAACCAGGAAGGAGGGAUGAAAAUCUUGAAUAUUGGAACAAAGUACCAGACGAUGACCUUUUACAGGAAUUUAUAGAUGUUGCCAAAACUACUUCAAAAGUGCCCAACAAAGAAACUGACAGGAAGGUUAAUGUUUUACCAGUACCAGCACCAGUUGCAGAAAACAACCGGGAAUUAUCUAGCACUCUGUCCCUUUCCAUGGUGGAUUCUAAUGAGUUUGAAGGAGCUGAAGCUUUAUUGAAUGAUCACAAGGAUGAUUCCCAAAGCAAUUAUGCUCCUGCAGCAGCUGCCGAUAACGACAACAACAACAACAACAACAACGACAACGACAACGACGACAACAAUGAUGAUGAUGAUGUUGUUGAUGAUGAUGAUGAUGAUGAUGGAUUUAGCGUUGACGUUGAUGCUGGAGAUACAUCUUACAAGGAAUCAAGCGGUAAUGAUGAUUAUACAGAGGAUCUCGAUGCCUCGAUUGUAGAAAUUAAACCAAAGACACACAACAAAGUCAAACAAGUUACUAAGAAUACCAAAAGUAGACAAGAUACUAAGUAUUCCAAACUGUCUGCACUGAAAGAUAUGUCUCCUAAAAUUAGCAACAAAGACAAUGAUAAGAACAAGAAGAAACCUCAGUUGAUUAAACGAGUCACACCUGCUCCAACUGUUGCUGACAGUUCAAAUGAGAUUCUCGACUAUGCCGACGCCAGUGUGAGUAGAUUGGAAACGCACGUGUCAAGGAAGGCUCGCAUACCACCUUUAAAUAUAGAAUUACCUCAAAACGAUCAAAUAUUCCGAGAAGAAACAUCGAAGGUAACGGAGCAACCGGCUUUUAUAUCUCCACGAUUGCUGCCUAGAAAAAAUACCAUGUCUAAAAAAGGUAAUGGUCCAUUAAGUCCCAGUAUCUUUGACAUGUCUUACGAUACAACUUUAGAAUAUGCCACGAAAGAAAAGUCGAUGGAGAAGGCAACUGGAAAACAAAAGAUUAAACACAAGAACAAAGAAAAGGACAAGGUCGAAAUAGAAGAAGUAAAAGUGUUUCCAAAAAUUGAUGGCAAAUUAAAGGGAAGCAUAGACGAAAAUUUGUCAUCACAAAGUGAAUCGAAACAAGAACCCCAAGAAACACUUUGUGUAGAUGCACUUGAGGUACAUGAAAUCCAGGGCUCAAGCACUGCAAAUAAUUCAUUAGUUGAAUCGAGUAAAGGGGAAAAAGCGGAUGCCGAGAAGAAACCUGAGGUUAGUGCUCCUACAAAUCCAUCUUUACAUGCAAAUAACGAAGCUUUAGAGCAUAGAAAGAGAAUGGAAUUCCGCUCAACAUCAAUACCAAACGUAGAACAAGAUUUAAAGCUAAAUGAUCAGACAGAUUUUGAUGGUAAUGCUUCAGCAUCAAGUAAUAAAGACCAAGAAGAUAAUGUCUUUGACCGGAAUGUAAUUCCAGCAGUACCAGCAGCCGAGAAGACCAAAAACAGUGAGAAAAAUGGACAAAAAGUUGAAUCUACUGAUGUAAUGGAUUCUGAAGCUGAGCAGUGUAUUGUUGAAUGCGCGACAAAAAACAACAUAGACAAACAUGCCGAUGGUAUGCACUCAGAUGGCAUUAACGAAGACCACAGGGAAGAGGAGUAUAAAGAAAAUCGAUCCACAUCUUUUGAUCAUGUUGCAAAUGUACCGAUGAACGACAAAGUAUUAUUGGAGAAUGAAAAGUUGUCCAAAGUGCUGGAGAUAAAAUCAAAUAAUGAACUUUGUAUAGGUACGAAGGUAUUGUCACCUGUUGUGGAUACUGAAAAGAAUAACGUUAAACGAGUUUCUUUGCUUCCUGAUAAAGUUACUGAGAGCGAUUAUGCAGAUUAUUUAAAAUUAGUGGAGAAAUUUACUGCAGCAAACUCAGACAAACAUUUUAAACACACAAAUGAGGUGGAAGCGAACAUUGAUGAAAAAGGGAAAAUUGAAAGGGAUAAUUUAAUGCAAUCACCAGUUGAUUAUGAAUCUUCAAGUGUCGCGCAUGAAAGUGGUCCAAACACAAGGAAUCCACAGCAGUUAUCGAAAAUACCAAGUGAUGUCCAAGAAUACACAGGAAACCAAUCCGAUAAAGAGCUUGAACAAGAUCAAAGAAACAAAAUAUUCAAUGCCAAUGAUGAAAAUGAAAAUGAAAUAAAAGAAAAUGAUGAAGGCGAACAUUCUACAAAAAUCGUCAAAGAAUUGGAUCUUUUAGGGGAACAUCCAAAGCUAGAGGUUAAUGAAACUGCUGAGGUAGACGGCAUUGAGACUAGUGGAGGAAUCGAAAAGGAAAACGACAAUGAGAACGAUAGUAAAAUUGAUGAGAAAAUUGAGAUGGAAAGGAAACAAGAGGCAAAGAACAGCAAAGAAGAAAACAAAGAUCCUUUAUUUGUUGCUAACAAGGAGGAAACUAUACCAGUUGAUAUUGACGAGGACGAGGAAAUAUUAUUGCUUGCGCAAGAGCACUUUGCAAAGAUAAGAUCUCCGUACAAAUUGGAUACAGUAAUUUUGACUGAGGAUCAUACAAAUAAAGGUUUACGAUUACGAAUGAGCGAUGAGGGAAAGAAGGAGGAUAGCAAAAACGAGAAUAGGGAUAAAAAAAUAAAGGAUGGUUUUUUAACAAAAAUUCAACUGGUGCAACAUCAGGAUAUUGUUGAUAAUUCGACCUUUGUUUCCAAAACCUCAUCCUCAUCUUCUUCCUCAUCCUCAUCCUCAUCUUCAUCUUCUUCGAGCGCUGGUGUGACAAAAUUGCAGAAUAUAUCUGAAGAUAUCUUAAAGGACAAUAAAACAGCAAGAAUACCUGCUUUGUCACAACAUGGUACUUCUGCUCUAGCUUCAAUUGAUGCAACAAGAGGGACAUCUUCAAGGCAAGAAAAUGUCCCGGACAACGUCUCGGACAACAUUCUGGAAGAUAUUUUGGAUAUGACCGAGCCAUUGGCUAUGAACUCAUCGUUAACCGAUGCUCGAAAUGAAUCCAAUCGUGAUGCUCACUAUGACCAAAAGAACAUUGUCAAUAAAGAAAAUAAAGAAGUAGAACAGGCUUCGCGUAGUCCAGAGGGUACAGCGGAUCUCAUGAUGUUGGUAUUACAGCGCAAAGAGUCUUUAGAGACAAGUGCCAAAGAGCUUCGAGAGUUUGCAAACUCAGAAUACGAACUACUGGAUGAUAUUAAUGGUGAUUUGACUAGAUUUAUUGCCGAGAUGCCUGAAGACGAGGAGCAAAUGACAAUAAGGCAGUGGGUUGAGCAUUGUGCAAAUAAUUGCCGCGAUAUUGUACAGCAAACGUAUUCAGAAUUAAACCGGGCUAUUUUGGCUGAGUAUGAUACUGCUAUUAAAAUGAUAGAGUCAAUUCCAAGCGAAGAAGAGUAA